UACAGUGACAGGUGACACGUAUGUUUAAAAAUGACCUGUAGUUAUAGUCAUUUAUUGGAGCUAAAUUCUGCAUUCAUCAUGACGUGUUAAUGCAGUCACGGUACAGCAUCAGAAUAAACCGCUGCAGAGCAAAUAAGAGAAGAACCACAUCCGAUGAUUUGCCUGCCAGCUCAGUAGCCCCAGCGUGAGCAGUUCCAAAAUGUUUUGUUCUUUUACCAGUGGCUUUCUGGUAACAUUAAUGUUUACCCUGACCCCUGAUGCAACUAAAAUCAUUCCAGCCAGUGCAUUUUUGGAAGACAUUUUCCGCUUUUACCGUCAAAAUGAGACUAUUUCCACAGAGAGUAUUGAUGCCAUGCUGGAAAAAGUUGGAGCCAGGACACCGUCAGCUACCGGGGACGAGUUGGAAACUUUUCACUUUUCUAAGUGCUUGUCCGUUGAACACAUUUUAUCACUGUAUGGAUUGAAUAACCAUAGUCAGCUAACAUCAGCAAACUUUGAAAGUAUCUGCCCAGCGAUUCUACAACAAGCUAUCAUUCAGCCUUGUGUUUUCAAAGCAACUGAACCUAAUCUUCCUGCUCUUAAACCAGUACCUUACCAAGUCUGGGGGUUUGGAGUCCUAGCUGUAACCAUUAUCAAUCUGGCCUCACUCCUGGGUCUUGCUCUGGUUCCUUUUACCAAGAAGCCAUACUUCCCAAAAGUGUUGACAUACUUUAUUGGGCUGGCCAUCGGCACUCUUUUCUCAAAUGCUGUUCUGCAGCUCAUUCCAGAGGCCUUUGGAUUUGAUCCUAAAGUGGAUAAUUAUGUUCUUCAAGCAGCUGGCAUAUUUGGAGGAUUCUACAUCCUUUACUUCACAGAAAAGUUGUUACAGCUGGCAUUAAAAACAGAGCACCAGCAUGGACAUAGUCACUCCAAUCCUUCAGAUGAAUUGUCAGAUGGUGACAAAAUUGGAAUGUAUACCAUCAAGAAUGGAGACCCUGUUGGUAGCACUCAGAUUGUCACUGUAACCAGUUUCAGCAACAGUAGUGAUGGGGGUAGUAUUAAUCAUGCUCCUAACACAGUGCAGGACACCCAGUUGUCACGGGGCUACUGUAGUUGGCUUAAAGGGCCGAGGAUUUCUAACAUAAAAACGGUUGCUUGGAUGAUAACACUGAGUGAUGCCGUCCAUAACUUCAUUGACGGGCUGGCCAUCGGUGCUUCCUUCACAGUGUCAGUGUUCCAGGGGGUGAGCACCUCUAUAGCGAUCGUGUGUGAGGAGUUUCCUCAUGAGCUAGGUGAUUUUGUGAUCCUGUUAAAUGCAGGCAUGAGCGUCCCACAGGCCUUGUUCUUUAACCUCUUGUCCGCCUGCUCCUGCUACAUCGGACUGGUCCUGGGGAUUCUUAUAGGCAGCAACUUCUCUCCUAAUAUCAUCUUUGGACUUGCAGGUGGAAUGUUCUUAUACAUUGCUCUGGCAGACAUGUUCCCAGAGAUGAAUGCCAUUCUGAGAGAUGAAGAAAGAAACACAAAAAACAAUAUCAUAUUUUUCCUACUACAGAAUGCUGGCCUGUUAUCUGGGUUCUCUAUUAUCCUGCUAAUCACUGUGUUUGCUGGUGAAAUUAACUUUGGUAAGACUCCUUGAAGGGUUCAAGGUUCAUGUCAGUUUUAAAACCAAGUGGACCGAUAAGGAACAAACUGAAAGCACACAGUAAACACAGUAGAACAUAUUGGUGUUAAAUGCAAUGAGUAAGAGCAGAUAAAUUAAUUGUGGCUAGUGUUGGCAGGACUUAAUUAUAUAUUUGAGAUGGAUAACACGCCAAAACAAUGACUGUAUUGAUUUAUACUCCUUUUUUUCACAGUAAAGGCAUAAGAAUAGGAUACUUAACGGUUGAUUUGAUCAACCUACAGCUAUAGAUAAAAGUUUUGCAUCACCCUAUAGAAUUAACUAAUUUUGGGGCUCUCCCAAGUGGCGCAUCCAGUAAAAGCACUCAUCUAGAGUGCAGGAUGCGCCCUACAGUCUGAACAUCGUCGGUUCGAGUCCAGGCUAUUCCUUUGCCGACCGAGGACGGGAGCUCCCAGGGGGUGGCGCACAAUUGGCUGAGCGCCGCCCCCUUAGGUUGGCCAGGGUGCCCUCAGCUCACCGUGCACCAGCGACCCCUGUGGUCUGGCCGGGCGCCUGCGCGCUUGACUGUAAGCUGCCCAGGGCUACGUUGUCCUCCAACGUUUUAUGUCUGGGUGGUUGCAUGGUGAGCCUGCAGUGUGUAAAAAAGUGGGCGGCUAAUGGCACACGCUUCAGAGGACAGCGUGUGUUCGUCUUCACCCCUCCCGAGUCAGCGCAGGGGUGGUAGCGGUGAGCUGAACUAAACAAAAAUAAUUGGACACUACUAAAUUGGGGAGAAAAUAACAAAAAACGAAUUGGCGACUACUAAAUAAAAAAAUAAAAAAAUAAUAAAGACAAUUUAACUAAUUUUUGCUUCAUAAAGUCUAAUGAAACCUGCUGAAUAAUGUUACGUUAACAUAUUGAAUUGUAUUCUGCUUUGUAGUUUUCUAUAUACUUAAUGAAAAACUGACCAAAAGAAAAGUGACAUUUCAAAAUCCAACAUGAAAUACUGUAUUACUAUUAUGGCUUCCGGUAGACUUUUGCGAUAUCAUUUUGUGAUUUACGUUCAUAUGGUUUCUUAAUUAAGUUGUCUCAGUCCUAAAAUUCCAGUGAUGCAAAACUUAUGGCCAUAGCUGUAUACCCUGAUAAGCCACAGCUGGAAUUUUUUUAUUUAUUUUUUUUUUUUCAGAAUUUCUUAUCACUUGGGUAUCCUAUUGAAUUGUUUCAGCAACUUGUUUUUAAGAGUAACCCUGGAAUAAUCACAGUUUGGUGGUUGAUCCAGGGUGAUUCCAUCUGUAAUGCAUUACAGUAAUAUGAUUACAUUUUCCAGUAACUUUUAACUGUAAUGGUAACUUUUUUCAGCCUGGUAAAAGAAAUGUAGUAACAUUUCAUAUGAAAAAUAAGUUAUGUUUACUUACAUUUAAAAAAGGACAUGGCUAACGCAUAACACGGUAAUCACACGAACGUGCUUUUUAUAUCCUCUUGCUAGAAAAUGUCAUCAGAGAACUAGGGGGUUCGAUAGCUGGAUCUUCAAAGAAUAUUUUGAGCUGCAGCUGACCAAACCAAAAAAAAAAAAUUCUGUAAAAUGUACAUUGUGCCUGAAGUAACUACUGUAUAUGUAACUGAAGCUAGUUACAUUUUUUCAAAGUACUAAAUGACUAGUUAGUUUUGUUCAACUUGUAACUAUAAUAUAUUACUUUUUAAAAGUAACUUCACCAACACUAGGUAUUGGUUUAUUAAAUCAUUAUUUAUGGAGUUAUGACAUCGCAGUGCAAAAUACAAAUAAUAAAAACGCUCAGGGGCAAUUUUGUUUCUGUAAGCGCAGACAGCAUUAUUUUAAAAUUGGUUGUAAAAUGUCCAAUUCUGAUGUAAUUUUAAUGUUCGAAGUGGUUCCAUGUUUAAAUAAUGAUGUAUGAAAUUAAUCUGGAACAUUAUUUAAAUUCUGUAUAAUAAUCAUGUUUCAUAACUAUGUACGUUCUGACACUGGUUUAAAUGUGCAAUUAAAUGCUUCUGUUUCUAAAUUAUUAAACUACUGGAGAGGUAGCCACUAAUGUUUUAUAAUUCUAAGCUUCAGGAGCAUUUUCAUGAUGUUAAAAAACCUAACUUUUUAAUAGUAUUACACAUUGUACUAUCCUUAUAAUAAUAACAUAUAUCCAGAGACUCUUUUCAUGACAUACUGUAAGAUUAAGUGCAGCAGCCAGUCCAUAAUAAAGCAUAAUACUAUAUGCAACUGUUUAACAAUGGUGUAACUUCCCCUGGUCUCUGGAAAGCACGUACAUCUCCUAACAUCAUUCUGAUCUGUAGUGUCAGGGUUAAACUGCUGCGCAAAUAGGGGAAGUUUGUUCAGGGAUUUGAGGACAAGUUAAAGGUGAUUUCUACUACCAAGAAAACAACCAAAAUGCAUUUUUAAUAAAUACACUGUAUCUUGGGUGGAUUUUCCAAACAAAAAGAAAAAUGACUGUAAACAAUGCCAAAUAUAUAUACAGUAUGUUACAAAUCUAAAGACCUGGUAGAAUUAAGUGCACACUAUGCAGCCCAGAUGUUUUAUCCGUUGUUUUUCAUGGGUAUGCACUGCAGCAAAAGAAAAGCUGUAUGUCUGCUUCAGGGUUUACUGCACAGAUUAGGGCCAAUAUAUUUUUAAAAAAUGAUUUAUAUCUUAAUAAAACUGGCUGCUAUACCUGUGUUGUUAACUUUAUAAAAUGACUGAGUGUUCGAGAUACCCAUCUGUAACAGAGAAAGAAAGAAUCUUGGUUAUAAAUCUCCCUCCCAACCUGUGAGGGUGCUGUGUAAAGGGAACAGAGUGCCCCGGACUAGAUGGUCAGACAAUUCAUUCCAGGGAAAGGUGGAAGUCAGCCAUCUGGAAAGGGGGCGUAGCUACGGUACACCAAGUCAUCGCCCCAGAAGGGAAGCAAUGUGGCAACUGCGGAUUGGAGGAGAAACGGUUGCACUCGCUAACCAAGGGGGCGUGACUGACGGUACAAAAGGGGACGUGGCUAUGUGAUCUGUUCCUUUGUUAUGGUUGCGAGCAAACCAAAAGGAAAACCAAAAACGUACCGUGAGUGUUUAGUGUUUUGUUUGUUUGUCGUGUUUAAUUAUACUUGUUUGUUCUUGUUAGAUGGCUAACACGAUCCGGAGCUGUCGCUUAAGGUCAGCAUCAAACCCGGACAACACUGUGCACGAAUAAAUUAUAUUUCACAACUUGCACGCUAGCACUCACUGUGGACUUGUGUGUGUUUAAUACUGUGUUUAUUAUUUCGGGACUGUAACCUGUGUUUAACAGUGCAAUACACAUUGCUAUAUAUUGCCUGGGAUUAUCAUUUGCGGUCAUAACGACCUGGAUUAUAAACAGUAUCAAAUUAAACAUUGUUUGGACCGUGAA